AUGCUCUGUGCUCCCUGGUGUCUCUGGCUUCCCUUGGGCCAGGAAGGAUUCAUACAGGACACAUCUCUGCUCUUUACCACUUCCUCCUGGGGGAAAUCGACACCGUGUUUGGCUGCCGUCGCAUGCCCUAAAGGCUGGGUUGGGUACGGAGGGAAAUGUUACUAUUUCUCAGAGCUGGAAGGGAACUGGAGCUCCAGCCAGAGCCACUGCUCUUCCCUUGGCGCCUCCCUGGCUGGGAUUGACACCCUGCAGGAGAAGGCUUUCAUGCUGCGCUAUAAAGGUCUCCCAGACCACUGGAUCGGCCUCUGGAGGGAACAGGACCAGCCCUGGAAAUGGCCAAAUGGCACCGAAUUCAACAACCUGUUUGAAGUAAGGGGAGGAGGAGAUUGUGCUUAUCUGAAUGAGAAGGGUGUUGUGAGCUCUUCAAGGUGCUACACGAGGAGAAACUGGAUCUGCAGCAAACCAAAUGUAACGAUGAAGAGAAAUGACAAUUCAGCAGGAAGGGACUGAAAUGUCUGAGAAUCACAGAGAUGAUGUCACCAUUUCCUAACAACGCCAUGGAAUGAAAACGUCACUUUAGCGAAGACCCAAUCAGCUUGACAAGUCACACUGCGCUCAGAUCACUAUGAACCUUUUUCUGUUUAACACCUAGAACUAA